GGGGGGGGAGGCAUCGUUAUUAGCGCUUAGCCUAGCGGUAAACACGGAGUCUUCAAGCUAAGAGAUACGGAAGUGCGGUCACGUGAUGCCUCGGAAGGAUCCGUGUCAGAAACACGCAUGCGCGAUCCAAACGUGUUUGCAAGCUAACAAGUACGUGGAGAGCAUGUGUGAGGACGUGAUCAGAGCGAUGCGGCGGUGCUGCGAGGUCCAUGCCGGAGAGAACUCCGUCUGCUGCUCCGGUUUCUCCAGGGACCGGAAGCCCAAAGAGGACGCAGCACCCGCGUAGUUUGUUUUGUUUUAGAACGCAACAUCAUUUAACUCCAAAAGGACUGAAAUGUUCACACUACUACUACUACUACUACUACCACUUCCGAUUGUUCCCGCUAGGGGGCGCCACAGCGGAUCAUCCGUUUCCAUCUCUUCCUGUCCUCUGCGUCUUCCUCUGUCGAUUCCAUGACAAAUGCUCACAAGACUAAAAGAAAAAGAGACAAAUGCUCACAAAUUGUUUUAUAAAAUAUAUUUACAGCGAAAAAUGAUAGUAUACAGAUAUACAAAUAUGAAAUAUGUUUACAUAUCGAUUUAAUUAGGUCACUGUGAUCCCUAUUACAUGCUUAGACCUAUGUGAUAUUUCUUGUGACACGCAACAGACUGUUCAAUGGAAUAUGUUUCCAUGAAUAAAGGUUAAUUAAGAUUAUGUAUUACCAAACAGUAAUUGAUAGUCUCAUUAUCAUGAUUAUCUUUAAGGUCACCAUUUCAUUCGUCAGGGAGAUGUGAUCCCUCUCACAUGCUCAGGCCUAUGUGAUAUGUCUUAUGGGACAUGCAACAGAAUGUUCGGUUGACUUUUUGAAAAAUAAAGAUUGUAAAACAAUUUGUGAGCAUUUCUCUCUUAGUAUUGUGAGCAUUUGUCUUGUGAGCAUUUGUCUGCACACCUCCUCUGUCACACCAGCCACCUGCAUGUCCUCCCUCACCACAUCCAUAAACCUCCUCUUUGGCCUUCCUCUUCUCCUCUUCCCUGGCAGCUCCAUAUUCAGCAUCCUUCUCCCAGUAUACCCAGCACCUCUCCUCCACCCAUGUCCACACUGAGCUACUGAAAAUCCACAUCUCUGACUUUCACAUCUGCAGGAGGCGGUGAGGCGUAAUAACGCACGAGAACUUGUUACGAGGUAAUCAGGGCUGUACAAAGUCCUCCCAAGUACAAGUCAAACUUCUGCACAGGGUUGUUUCACAGCUGAACUGUCAGGAAACCCCUACAUAGAGGUAAGCACUCGCCUAGACAAGGCAACAGAUGUGCUCCUUUAUGAACCCUGUGGCUACAAGUCUGAAAAUGGUCAAAAUUCACAAAAUAACCAAAGAAAGGGACUCGAUGUUUGCUUUAGUUGUCUCCAUGCCGGUACAGUAGGGUCCAAUGAGGGUGCAGCCAGAGUCGCUGUGGAGGGUUGGGAUCCUCCGGCGGACACAGCGUUGUUUGUGAUUUGGACCGUUUGGCCCAUACCAGCUGAGGAGUGGCUACCCGCGUAGUUCAGUGAGUUAUGAGGUGAACCUUGGUGAUUUUGCUAAAAGGAAACAUCAGUGUUGCUAUAGCCCAGACUCACUUAGUGUAAUCUGACCAUUGUGUGUUAAACGUUGCCGAAGCCCAAAGGGUGAGUCCCCCAGGCCGCCGAUCAACUCUCCAUCACCGCUGGUCUCUGUUGUGUCGUCCAGUAAAGAAGCAAUAACUCCCUUUAUUGUCCAUCCUCUCACUCCACUACAUCUUGUCCCCUUCACUUCCCGUCUCUCUGUUCUCGCGAUAUGUUUCACCAUCAAACGAUUCUUUAUUAACGCAACAGCUUUAGUACCCAGAGCCAACUUAAAGAACAAAGGAGCCAGGGAGGGGUACGUGCCAUUCCAUCAUAUAAAGAUAAAACACGUACAUAAAUUAACAGUUUGGACAGCCUUGUUGUUCGUAGAAAAAGAAUUGUUUUACAUAUUGUCCGAUUUCUUUAAAAAAAAAAACAACAAAAAAUGUUGUUUUUGUUUUUUUGCGUGUGAAUUUGCUUUUGUGAAUAAAAAAUGUUGUUAACAGAUUUAUUAUGAAAAAAAUAUUUGUCCCCUUUUUUGGGGUGUUUAAAGGAACCAAAUAUUACGUCCUCCCAUAAUAAGACUUUAUUGUCCAGCCUCUCACUCCGGUACAUUCUCGUCCCCCUCGCGCCCCUGUCUCACUGUUCUCGCGAUAUUUCCACCGUACUACAGUUGCUGCAAAGAUCAUAAUAGCGCUGUUUUCGGUGCGUUAUCAGAAGAUAAGAAAUUGGACCUGCUGAUCAAGGUUUUACUUAUUUUAGCCUAAUUUUUUUAUUCAUAACGCUAAAUUUAUUAAGACUGCACCCAUCUUCAUGUGUUACUAUAACGGAACUCAUAUGAAGGCCCUGAAAUUAAUGAAAUCAAAAUGUGCCGAAGGUCUCUAUGGAUUACUGGGAAAAGAUCUGUCCAACGUAAUAUCUUAAAAACUAACAAUCGUUUAGUCAUCCGUACUUACGAUUUAUUUUCUAUUUUAUUGUUAUUUUACAUUUUAUUCUGUUUAAUUGGUUUGUGUGUGGUUAUUUUUUGUUUUAUUCUGCUUAAUUGAUUUAUGCCUUUUUUUGUAUGGUUUGUGUCUCUUCUGGUGUCUGCUCGUUGUUUUCUAGAGGAGGAAAAGUUUUCACUUGUUAUCUUUGCCUUAUUGUUGUAAAUUUAUCGUUUGGAAAAAAAAAUCUAAAAA